GUGUCCCGACCUUAUCUUUAUCUUAGUUCGUGGUAUAAAUACACCUUGAUGGCUUGAUUAUUUUGUUUUGUUAUCUGUUUCUAAUUUAUUCUAAUUUAUGAUUUGCACAUUCUCGAUUCUCGUCAUACUUGAUACUACGUUAUUCUGUGAUACUAUAUACUACCACACUAGGGCACAGACUGUUCCGUACUCCGUAGCAAUAAUAAAUUAAUGAUAAUCGUUAUCGUAUAUUUGUAGUUUGUAAUUUUGUAUUCUGUGCUUUGUAGUUUUUGUGCGUUGUGCUGUUGUGCAAUGUACACUGUUCAGUACUACAGUGAGUCAGUGACUGUCUUACGUCCGAACAGGAUGUAAUAACUAAUAAUAGCAAAAAAUGUACUUUGUUAUUUAUUAUAAUUUUGUGUGAGUAAGAGUAACACUGGUGUGUUUAACAACGGAACCGGAAAUAGUGAAAUUCCUACAUCGUUAAAAAGUUCUGCGAAUUCAGCCACCGCGGAGACAGAAUGAUUCUUCAACUUUUGUUCUGGAAUUUGAUCAGUGUUAAUUUGUGAAUACUGUGUGGAUGAAUUUUUUUUGUAUCAUUUUUGAAUUUCAAGGUGUGUUUGAUUUCACACACUCUUUACAGAAUUCUGCGUUCGGUCCAGUCCAUUAAUUUAUUUUAUUUGGGCAUAUUUCAUUUUAAGCUAUAGGCUUUGCCCAUCAAAACAAUUAUCACUAUGGAAAUUACGGAUUCUGAAGCUUUAAAAGACGUAUUAUUUUUACUCAAUAAUACACAUACAAAUGCUAAACAAUUUUAUAACAUGAUGAUUUCAAAUAAGACUGCAAUUAAUACAAGUGAUUCUGACGAGGACUUAAUGAAUAAUAUGUAUAAUGCAUUAUUUCAGUGUUUUGGAAUCAUUAUCACAGGGUAUCUGUCAGGACGAUUGGGCCUGGUUAGUCAUGCUGCUGGUAUUGGCUUGAAUAGAUUUGUUGGGACAUUUGCUCUACCGUCACUUAUAUUUGUUAAUAUGGCCGUGUUGGAAUUAUCAUCUGUAAAUUUGGUUUUUCUGGGAUCACUACUCCUGUCUAAGACUCUUGUAUUUGUAUCGGUUGCUUUAAUCACUGUAUUAGUAACGAGACCUCCAGACAUAGCUAGAGCUGCUCUAUUUGCUAUAUUCUGUACCCAGAGCAAUGAUUUUGCUAUUGGAGCGCCAAUAUUUGAAGCACUCUACAGGCAUCAGCAUAGUGAAUUUGUUCAAUACCUUUAUCUCGUAGCUCCUAUUAAUUUAAUUAUCCUAAAUCCAUUUGGUUUUGCGAUGAUGGAAUUAGGCCAAGAAUAUAAUCGCCAUGAAACUACAAGACGUUCUGCUUUAAUGGGACGAAUAUCAAGGAACAUUAUUUGUAAUCCUGUAGUUUUUAUGACAGCUUUAGGAAUGAUAGCUAAUUUAGUAUUUAAUCACGACCCACCCAAAAUUAUUACAACGUUCUUAGGAACUUUUGGUAAUGCGUUUACUGCUACUGCGUUGUUCUUACUUGGUUUACGAAUGGUUGGGAACAUCAAUAAACUCAGAGGAGAAGCUUUAAUUUUACCAUUACUCCUAAUUGCUGCUAAAUUGAUAGUUUUGCCGUUAGUUAUUAGAGAACUCACAAGUAUUUUCUUGGGAAAAUUCGGUACUGUAAAUGCUGAUGAUAGCCUUGCCUUUUCAAUGUUUGGAUUUUUAUAUGGAAUGAUUCCUUCUGCACCUGCAGUUUUUGUUUAUGCAUCAGCAUAUAAUCUUGAAAUGGAUUUAAUUGCUAGUUCAAUGGUGCUGUGCGUAUUCUUCUCAGCCCCUAUUAUGUUUUUAACUGCCAAGAUAAUAUCUGUGGCUAAAUUGGAUCCAUCAAAUAAUAUAACAGCUUUAAAAGGGUAUCAAUUCAAUGUUAGUAUACUCGCCAUCCCUGCAUCUCUUUGGAUUAUCUUAGUUAUGUUAAAAAAACUAAAAAGUUUACCAUUCAAAGUAGUUUUCUGUUUAGUAAUUUCACAGGUGAUUUCGUGUACUGGAGUAUUACUAGAGUACUUAUCAGAAACUCCGCAAUCACACCCAUUAACAUACAUACAACUUAUGUUGAGUAUAGCUGGUGAUAUGAGUUGCUACAUUUGGACUGCAUGUUUAGCUUUUACUUUGCUAAUAAUGCAUAAGCCAUUUACUGAUGAAUUCCAAAAUAAAAUCAUUUACUUCUACAUGAUAAUAUCUUGGGGUGUGCCAAUAUUGUUGGUUUCUGUCCUGAUGUUGACUUGCCAACCACCAUUGUUUAUUAAAUCGGAUUUUGAUCAAAAUUAUGUCUAUGGAACUCCUGAAGCUGCAACACUUACAACAAUUCUUCUUUCAUCGAUAAUUUGUACUGUUGUGUGUUUAGUCUUGCAUCAACGCCUAAAACAUAAAAUAAUUAGACCAAUGGUUUACUCAGAAACUAUAAAUGAUGUACAAAGUACAUCCAAACAAUCUAUGGACACUCAUUGUAUUGACACCGAUGAUUUAAAACAAGGCCUUCUUUAUGAUACCGAAACAAAUGUAAUGGAUAAAAAUGAAUAUUUUAAGCAUUUUCUAUUACUUAUUAUGCAAGCAGUUUCAAUGUUUGUUACAUUCUCUGUGGCCAUUUGGAGAAUAUUUGGUGAAACAAAUGGAUUAUAUCUUGAAUUAGCUUACUCAGAAACUUCUUUAAUGAGAGGGCAAUCGAUUUUCACAUUGUUGAUUUAUGGUAUUAAUUAUCAAUCUAUUAAUAUGCCGAUUGUGCGAACAUGGAAUAAAUUUUGGUGGGGAGGAUCGCCAAUUGAAUGUCCAUCGUGGGAAGAACUUCCCUAUGAUACCAGAAAAACUUGUGAUAACUUUAUGUUUAAACACAGAGAGAAGUGUUUGGCGGAAAUUACUCAUCUUACUAGGUGGAAACUAUGGAAGUAUAAGAAGACAUUUACUGGAUCUGAGCUUGUAACAUGGUUAGUGGAGAACAAUAUUUGUUCAAGUCGAGAUGAUGCAUUAGGAUAUUCUAUUAAGUUGUGGAAUGGACAAGUACUGAGACACUUAAAUUGUACAGAACAUUUUCAAGAUGCAUCAAAUAUACUAUAUACAUUUAAUCGCCGUUAA